AUGGAGGAAGAAUAUGAGGCUGAAGAGGCAAAUUUGCCCGACAGUUUAUAUAUUUACCCACAGAUUGAGUACAACGGGGAUACAGAUUCCCUGUUCUUCAAUGAUCAGAAGCGACGGAUUGAUUUUGUGUUGGUGUAUGAAGAGGAGAAGGAACAAUCUGAGAAACCGAUAUUUCAGAAGCACAGGAGAAGAAGAGAGUUCUAUGAAGACAGCUUGAUGGACAUGGGGCUGGAGCUGGAGGCCACCAGAUCUGUUUCGGAUGGGAAGACGGUGUUUGUGAAGGUGCACUUGCCGUGGGAGGUGCUCUGCUCGUACGCAGAGGUGCUACACAUCAAGCUGCCCCUCCAGCCCAACGACCUCAGCGCCCCCCCGCCCGCCCACAGCUGCCUCACCAAACACUUCCACCCCAGCGCGGACCUCAUCCCCGCGGAGACGGAGUACUUCACCGCCCCCUUCGAGCGGAGCAGGCUGGGGAGCUUCUGCAUCCGAGACCGCGGCCUGUUCUUCAGCCCCUCUGUGCGCACUCGAAUGGCUCAAUACAUCCUCAGCCGGGCCUCCUAUGAGCUGAGGGGGAAGCAGAGUAAAUUUGGCAUUAACAAGCUGCUGGACUCAGGAGUGUACAAGGCUGCCUAUCCUCUGCACGACUGCAAAUUCCAUGAGAAGGCCCAGGAUGAGCGGUGCCCCAGUGAGAGGUUCCUGCUGUACAAGGAGUGGGCUCACCCCAUGAACUUCUACAAGACUCAGCCCCUGGACCUCAUCAGGAAGUACUAUGGAGAGAAGAUCGGUAUUUACUUCGCCUGGCUGGGCUUCUACACCAGCAUGUUGAUCCUGGCCUCUGUGGCAGGCCUGGGCUGCUUCAUCUAUGGGUACAGGAGCCAGGAGACCAGCACAUGGAGCAAGGAGGUUUGCGACCCCCUGAUUGGAGGACGCAUCGUCAUGUGUCCACAGUGUGACAGAGAGUGCAGCUACUGGAGACUGAACAGCACCUGUGAAUCGUCUAAAAAACUGUGCAUUUUUGACAAUUAUGGGACACUGGUGUAUGCAGUAUUUAUGGCAGUUUGGGUCACCCUGUUUCUGGAGUUCUGGAAGCGGUACCAGGCGAAGCUGGAAUAUGAGUGGGACACGGAGGAGUUCCUGGAGCAGGAGGAGCAAGCUCGCCCCGAGUACGAAGCGAAGUGCAUUCACGAGCACAUCAACCCCGUCACCAAGGAAAAGGAGAGAGUUCCGUACACCAAGUGUGAGAGGUCACUCAGACUCUCCUGUGGAAUUGGGACUGUUGUAUUCUGGGUCCUGCUGAUCGUGGCCUCGGUGGUGGGGGUCAUCGUCUACCGCCUGGCGGCGUUCUUCACCUUCUCCGCCCGGAUGCGGCAGGACCUGCGGGCGCUGGAGCCACUGCGGGAGUACGUGAGCCCUCAGAUGGCCACCUCCAUCACCGCCUCCAUCAUCAGCUUCAUCGCCAUCAUGCUCCUCAACCUCGCCUACGUGCGCGUGGCUAUCUGGAUCACGGAUUUCGAAUUGCCAAGAACAAAGACGGAGUACGAGAACAGCUUGACUCUGAAGAUGUUCCUCUUCCAGUUUGUGAACUUCUAUUCCUCCUGCUUCUACAUCGCGUUCUUCAAGGGGAAAGUGGUGGGCCAUCCUGGAGAGCCAGUGUACUGGCUGGGGAGGUACAGGAACGAGGAGUGUGACCCAGGCGGGUGUUUGAUUGAGCUGACCACUCAGCUGACUGUCAUCAUGGGAGGAAAAGCCAUCUGGAACAACAUCCAGGAAGUGCUUCUUCCAUGGGUGAAAAAUAUGAUUUUGCGAUAUUACAAGAGUGCUGCUUCUGAAGAGGCUAUUCCCCGAUGGGAGCAGGAUUACAGGCUCCAGCCUGUGGGAAAACUCUGCCUGUUUUACGAAUACCUGGAGAUGGUGAUCCAGUUUGGGUUUGUCACUCUGUUUGUGGCAUCCUUCCCACUGGCACCCCUCCUGGCUCUCCUCAAUAACCUGUUUGAACUCCGGGUCGACGCGUGGAAGAUCACUACGCAGUUCCGUCGCAUCGUUCCGGAAAAGGCCCAGGACAUUGGAGCAUGGCAACCCAUUCUCCAAGGAGUCGCCAUUCUUGCUGUGGCGACAAAUGCGACAAUUAUUGCUUUUACAUCGGACAUGAUCCCACGGCUGGUGUAUUAUUGGUCCUUCUCCGUGUUUCCAUAUGGAAAGCAUACAAAUAACACCAUGGAAGGUUACAUCAGCAAUACGCUUUCUGUCUUCAACAUCAAGGACUUCUCCCCCCAAAGCAGGCCUCUCAACGUGCCCUACUGGUUUCACAACAUCACAUCCUGCAGGUAUAGAGAUUUUAGGAACCCACCUGGACACCCCAAGCAGUAUGAACACAACAUCUACUACUGGCAUGUGAUAGCAGCCAAACUAGCUUUCAUCAUCGUUUUGGAGCACAUCGUGUAUUUCACCAAAUUUGUGCUGUCCUACGCCAUCCCGGACGUGCCCACGGCAGUGAGGGAGCAGAUUAAGAGAGAGAAGUACCUGACACAGGUCAUCCUCCACGAGGCCAACCUCAAACUGCCCGCGGUCCACAUCGCCCCCCUCGCCCCCCUCGCCCCCCUGCCCGAUGGGGCCCUCCACGGCACGGACACUGAGACCCACGGACUGUAG